ACAUAGAGGAGGUGAAUUAUUAUCUGGGGAUAAAUUUGGGAAAAAACAGCUGCAUACUUAUGAGCGCGAGAAGCCAAGAUGUUCUAGUAAAGAAAUUCAAUAUUGACUCGCAGUUAUGCAUGCGCGUCCCAAGUCUUAACAAGGAUGAGGCCAUAGGCAUAUUGUUGGAAAGCAUAUCCUUAGAAGAGUCAGGGUUGGGGACAGAGGAGAAAAGUUUUGCUUUGAUGUGCGCAAACAAAUGCUUCUUCAAAGAGAUCGGUUGUGACACAGGAGCAUUUCAUCCGUUAGCUUUAAAAGCUUUUGGCGGCCACCUCAACAGUAAAUACGGUCCGACUUUGUCAAAAUGGGUUGCUGAGAUAGAUGAUUUUGAUGACGUGUUCGCUGUGCUGGGCAAAGCUUUUCAUGACAUGGAUCCGAAAUACCGCACCGUAUUCAUGCUUCUAACUAUAUACACCCUACCUGAUAUGUCUACCCACAAAGUUACUGAGUGGCUAGCAAUAAUUUGCAACGAAGAGAUGGAGUACAUUGAGAAAGCCGUUAAUGAUCUAAGGAAGAUGGCUUUUAUUGAAAAUUUUGAACCUGAAAUUCGCAUACACGAACUCUAUAUUGAGUUCGCUCAUGACAAAGUAAAAAGGAUGGGGAGAUGGCUGUGGUGGAAGGGCGACGAAAGUAGUACACGUGGGUUAAUUUCACAAGAUCAAGCAGGAUUUGAAUUGGUUAAGUUGGAACAUUCAAUGUAUCGAAGUCCGUCACAGAUUGCCACCAAAUAUCUAAAAAAUCUAUUGGUGCUUCAGCUUGUAGGUGUGCGGAAUAUAAGAACUCUUGAUUUCAGCCGGAUGGACAGUCUCAGAAGUAUCACAUUACACUACUGCAAAGAUCUGGUAGCAUUUAGCGGAAUGGAAAAUUUGCCAUACCUGGCGUGGCUUCAGAUAAGAGGAGUAAAUCCAGUGUUAAAACUUCCCGACCUAAGUAGCCUCCGUGCUUUACAACAUCUUGACAUACACAUACCAGUCAGCCACGAGCUUGGUCAUAUUGCAGAUCUUACUCCUUGCGUUUUUCUGAGAGAAAUUAAGGUUUUCUAUCCAUCCCUCGUGGAGUUUCCGAGGUUAAAUGGUCUACCGUAUUUGGAGAAGGUGGAGUUUCGUAUGUGUUGUAGAGUGAUGAAGCCCCUCGAUUGUGAAAACUGCGUAAUGCUUGGAACAGUUGUUCUCGAUGGUUGCUGCGAGAUGGCUGGCUCACCACUCCUCGCUGGAUGUAGAAAACUAUACAAAAUUGUUUUGUCGGAAUGUAAUGCAGUUACGACAUGUCCAGAUGUAGAUGCAGAGUCUUCUGACGGCCUGGAAAAUCUUCAACUAUGGGAUAUGGGGGAACUAAAGGAGAUUCCAAGUUUCAGUAGUUUAUCAAAUUUGACUGUGCUCAAAAUUGGCAAGUGUGGUAUACGGGAGCCACCGGACCUUACGUGUUGUGCAAUGUUGGAGGAUGUUUACUUUUUCACACUAAAAAGUUUAGAAAGGUUUCCAAACUUCUCAUCACUUACGAAACUGAAGAAAUUAAGUUUAUGUAAUUGCAUUAAUGUUCAAGAUCCUCCCGAUAUCAUGGGAUGCCAUCAAUUACAGGUGUUUCAUCUGCUCUACAAUGAUAAUAUGAAAGGACUUUCAAACAUGGAUUUGUGCAAACAAUUAGAGGAAAUCAAAGUGAGUUGGCAUUGUAAGGAUCAGGUCAUUUACCAGGGAAUUGAUCCGGAGAGUUGUCAGGGCGAUGACAAUCUUGAUUCUUGUCUUGAUUACUGGGAAGACGUGAUCCUGGAAAACUUAAAUGAUAUAUUUUUCCCAGUUGAGUUGAAGGAGUGGCAGAGGAUGCAGGCUAAGACAAUGCUGGUGAAGAAGUUUUUCCGUGGAGCGAAGCUCUAUUAUUUUGUCACAGCUCCAUAUGAGUCGUGUAAAACCUUGAAGGGUUACAGCCAAAAUUCUAUUACUCUCAGAUUGGUAGGUAACAAAGUGAUGGCCUUCCCGAUGGGAGAAGGUGUUACUAAACAUUGUGAUUGGCUGACUAAAGUGCGAGGAUAUUUUGCUGCAAAGAAGUUUUUUGCUCGUGCAAGUGCGGGAUGUGAGAAUGUGGAAGGCAAUUCUUGUUUCCCAAGGUAUCGUGUCCCAGCCAUGCAAGGAGAAACACGCAUGUGCCAGGCGGUUGCAGGUUUCUUCAACAAGGUUAAACAGAACGAAAAAGGAAUCCGCGUUGCAGGAUUAUAUGGAAUGUCGGGCCAGGGGAAAACUACACUUGUCAAGGCUUUCUGCAAUGUUAAACUGGGGGAUUUUGGUGGCAGAGUAUGCUAUCUGGAUUUUUCUAGAGGCAAUAAAUUGGACCGGCAAAAGCUUGUCCUGAAAUAUCUUGGUGAUUGCCGGGAGUCGCAAGUCGAAUGGGUAACAAACGAAGACGAGGCACAUUAUUUCUUCAAGACAGUAGUGGAGGGCCAAAAGGUAUUGUUGGUUCUGGACCAUAUGACACAGGCUAGCAUAGACGAAAGGAAAUAUUAUAGUGGGGUACAGUUGGGGGAAGACAGUUGCAUCCUUUUGACUGGACCAUCCGAAGGUUUUCUAAAAAGUUUGUGGAAUUUCAAUAUAGAUGAGCAAUCAUGCAUGCACGUCCCGAUCCUUACAAAGGACGAGGCCAUAGCCAUCUUGAUAGAAGGGACGUCUCUAAAGGAGUUACCAUUGAGGGUAGAGCACAGGAGUUUCGCUUUGAACUGGGCAAACAGGUGUUCAUACAAAAACGACAGAGGUUCUAGAACAUUUCAUCCUUUAGCUUUGAAAGCUUAUGGUCGACACUUCUUCAGUAAACAGUAUCACGAUCGGUCAACAUGGGUUGCUGCUUUCGAAGAGAGAAAUAAUAAUGCGUUGGAUGACGUCGUUGCUGGGCUGGGAAAAGCAUUUGAUGACAUGGAUCCCAAACACCGCACCAUAUUCCGCCAUCUUGUUUUAUCUAGGACGACCAAUACGUCUUCUGAGGUCGUUAAGUGCUUAGCUCAAGAAAUGAACUUAGAGAUCAAGUAUACCAAUCAAGCGGUUGAGGAUCUAUGUAAGAAUGGUUUUAUUGAAGAAAUUGAACCUCGAAUUCGCAUACACUUCCUCGUCAACAGUUUUAUUACCCAAAAAAAUAUCACCGCCGUGGAAACGGGCCUCCAAAGGUGAAAUUGCCCUCCUUAAAGCUGGCCGCCCCUGCCUUAGUGAUGGAGAU